AGAUAAGAUAUCCGGGGGUUGAUAACGCGAAUGUGAUAAGUAAAGUGAAUUCGUUUUUUUGUGCACGAUUAACGAGACCUCUGUCAUUAUUCUCUUCUCGUUUGUAUCACGAUCUUGGGUACGAUUGUCAAUCGCGAUACUCGCACUCUGCUUACCCCAUUAUUGACAAAUUUCCGAACUUUAAUUAUCGACAACAAUCGAAUGAAAUUCGUUUACACAAAGAUGGAAGAUAGUGCGGUAAUCCUCUAGAUGCUCGAAUGUUUUUAACGUGUUCGUAUUAUAGAUUGCACAUAGAUUGUGUAUCGCGCGCGAUUUCGUCACUCCUACGGUGAGCCAAUCAGCGACAGUUUCGCGGAUCACGUGACCACGUCGCACUAAAACUUCGCGUUCAAAUCGAGCGAUAAACAGUUCCGUGCUUGACGUACUCGUCGAAACAAACGAACGCGUUUGCGUUUCCGCGUGAUACGUGAUGUAAUUUUCGGCGUCACGUAACUUGCGUGUCGGAUGCGUGUUGUGAUGUAUCGUGACAGUUGUCGAUAGUACAAAAGAAAUCGCGUGCCGACUAAUAACCGACCGAAAAGUAAGAAGGGAAGUCGCAUAUAGUAAUAAAUAACCGUGUCGCGUGAUUCGCGUUCCCGCCAUUUUCAUCGGAACGGACGCAGUGCGUGCUGAUUGAUAUAAUAAACAUUUCUCUAAUCGCACGCGUGUGUGUGUGUGUAUCAGUAUAUCGAUUAUAUGUCGCGUGUGAUUUUCGGCGAUCGUGAAGCGAACCAGCGUGCCGCUGUUGGACCUCGAAAGGAGCCGUCCAAAGCAGGCAACGAUGCUCGAAGACAUCCGAGGAUUCGCUGUACUGACAAUGAGAACGCGAUUUCAUCCUCCGAUACGACUCGAAGCGGGAUGUCCGUGGGUUCGGGCGGGCGGGCACCGUUUAAACGGACCACGCAAACUACCCUAUCGAUUUCGAAAAAAUCCAGUGGAAAACAGGCAAAACCAGCGGAGCCAGCAGCAAUUGCAGCGGCACCAGCACCGGCACCAACGAGAUCAGCGCCGGACGCGGGGCGAAAAAGGGACGCGGUCGCGUCGCUCUUCAGCGCGAGAAGGCCGGCGGCGAGUAAGAAAGUCGAGCGCGCCAUCGUCGUCCGAGGAGACAAGGCGACGAACCCGGCGAAUCAGCGGCUAAAAGGACAGCCCAGCCAGCAGUCGGCGCAGCAGCAAUCGGCGCCGCUGCGCCAGGCGUCGAGCGCCUCCUCGCUGGAGGCGAAGAGCGACGUUCCGUCGACCGGAAACAACUGGGCCGGCUCCCUAGGCGGCAAGGAGCCGGCCAGAUCCAAAGCGACGACGGCAGCAUCCAAGGGCCCCGCCAAGGCCUCCAGGAUGCAGGAGCUGGAGCGCGAGAUCGAGGCCUUACGCAAGGAUCGCGCGCGUCUCGAGGCGAAUCUGCACGACGCCGUGUCCGAUGCUCAGAAUCUGCGCGAGUUGCGCGCCGAGCUCGUCUCUCUCAAGGAGCAGCAUACUCUGGAGCUAGAACGUCUUACUGAAGAAAACGAAGCUCUUCGUGCUCGUCUUAGGGAUGUGGCACAUUCUCCGCUGUCAGAUUCGGAGAAACAACAGCUAUUAUUAGAUGCUUCAAGACUUCAUAAUUCUGCACCAGCCUCUAUCGCCAUCCCCCAAGAAGAUGGAUCUGCAAACAAUACCAAUGUACCUCAGGAAGGAGCUCAGUGUACCACGCCAGACUGGGACAAGCACUCCUCCAGCUCAAUGUCAGAGGUUUCGGUUGCAUGUUUGCAGGACAGAAUUUUACAAAUGGAGGAAACACAUUAUUCUACAAAUGAAGAAUUGCAGGCAACUAUUCAAGAAUUAAGCGACUUACAGACGCAACUAACAGAGUUGCAAGCGGAUAAUGAAAGACUAACUGAGGAGAAGACAGUUCUUUUGGAAUCACUAUGUCGUCAGACAGAGAAGCUAGAAGACUCUCGAUCUAAAGUCGACACUUUACAAGAGUUGCUUUUAAGGGAUGAACAACCACAAGAAGCAUCUAAAGGCUACAAUACAGAAAGAGAACAGAAACUAGUAGAUCUUUUAAAAAGUGCACAAGAGGAACGAGAGGCUUUGCUUCAAAAGCAGGAGGAGUUGACUAGCGAGUUGAAAAAUCUAAGGGCGACUGCUGACGCUAGUGCGGCUGAGACGGAACGUUUGACGAAAUGCCUCGAAUUAUUGGAAGCAUCGGUGGACGCUGCGAAUACCGAACGGAAACAGUUGGACAUAGAGUUGAUAGAAGCUAGGCAAGAGGGUGCAAAUCGCAGUAUAGAAAUUAGUAGAUUAGCGACUCUAUUGGAGAAUGCGCGGGCAAAGAUUGAGGAGCUGGAACAAUCAAGGCAACUAGAAAACAAGAGUGAAGCGGACGAAUUACUGGAUGCGGCCAGACGAGAAAAGGAUACAUUAGAGACGCAGGCAGCAGCACUUCAAGAACAGUUAGCACGUUCCCAUUGCGACCACGAUCGACUAAGAGAUCAAUAUUCACAGCUUCAGGAAGAAUAUAAAGUAGCUCGAAACAACGCGAAAUCCGCUAUAGAUGACUUAGAAUACAGACUGAAUCAACUGAAAGAUGAGCGAUUAUCUGUGAGCACGGAACUGCAACUUGUUCGGGACUCAUUGGCAGAAUUGCAAGCACAAUGCCAACGGCAUCUGGAGGACAAACGGGAGCUGAAGGCAGCGCUAAGUGAAGGACAGCGAAGGGAACGUGAAGCGCAAACGCGACAGUAUGAGUUGGAGCGUGCGUUGGCUGACGAGCGUAAACUGAGGCAGCAGGAAAGCGCAGAAUGGGAGCAAUUCCAAACUGAUUUACUAAUGACCGUGCGAGUUGCCAAUGACUUCAAGACUGAGGCCCAGAGUGAGCUCGAGCGCGUAGUGAUGGAGAACAAGGCGCAGAGGGAUAAGCUCAGAUCGUUGGAAGCACAGCUCGAUAAACUUAACAAAGAUAGCACUGCAGUGAGUUGCUGCAAGACACUUGAUAUCGCUAAUGGGAGUAAACGGAAAACGGCGAGCGUUAUAUUAAAACGCGGUCGAACAAUAUUAAAGAAUCGUUACGAUUCGAAAAAAUAUUCAUUGCGAAACAGUUUAUCCAGUAAAACGACAACAAGCGACCAGGAUUUAUAUAAAUUAAGAACCGAAGACGUUAAUGCCAUUGCCUCUCCGUGUCAAAAUAGACUCGGUUUGUCGGAUAGUAGUUUGGCUAUCGCGAACACAGCAUCAGAGGCCAAAAAGGCUAUCAAAUUAGAGGAUAAACUCAUUUCCGGCGAGGAAAUUGAAGUCUGUCCCGCUAUUUGUAUCGGCAAUCGGCGCAUCGAAUGCCUUCCAGAUGAAACAAAUACACAUUUAGCAAAUGAGAAUCCGAAACAAACGAAAAUCUCGAGAAACGAAUUUUCAAAGUUUUAUUUAAAUCUGGAUAAUUUUGAAUCGGACAAGUCUCAUAGUCCGACCGAUAAAUCGCCGAUAAUCGCGGAGGAUUAUCCGAAACUUUAUAUUACUGUUACAAACAUGUCGGAAAAAGGCGCAAUGGCCAAAAGUUCCUUGUUGAAAAAUAUUCGCGGUAUUCAAAAUACUAACGGAGAUGCAUAUGGUAUCAACAUCUCGAACAGUCGGUUCUUCGUACCAAAGGAUUACAUAUUUUCUGGCGUGGAAUGCGCGAUGAAUGACUUGAAAUUCGAAGUCGAUCCGGAAAUGGGGAAGCUGUUGCAGAGAAGUUAUAGCAAUCCACAAAUCAGUACGAAUUUGUCUGCUUUAGUCGACAUUGAUAUGGGUCCAUCAUCUUUAAACAAUACAUCGCUAUCAUCAGAAACUUCGACCACAUCGAAUAAUUUGUCAAGUCAAUGCAACAAAGAUACAAAUUCUAAAUAUUUAAGAACGCUUUCAGAUACAUCGCUCGUAAAUUUAAGAUUGGAAGAAAGCGGUAAGACUGAACAAAAGCAGAAGCUAUUUUUAAACAAGCGCGAGUCAAAACCAAGUCACGAGGUAAUUGAUUCUCUCUUAGAUAAGACGAUUUCAAAAUCACAAACGUCUGCAACAUUACAAAUUAGAAAUCAUGUCGACAAAUUCAGCAAAAUUAAUGAUCAUGUUAAUGUACACGAGAGCGAUGAAAAAUUAUGCGAAACGAAAUAUUAUAAAUUUUUCCCAGAAGCUUCUCAUUUAAGAGACGAAACAGUGAAACAAAAAACACUAUGCAAUAAUCAAUUGUGGACAGCAAAACAUGUGAUCAUCGAUGACGAAGAAAUUACAACGGAAUCUGCAUCCGAUAUACCUGUAUCCGAUAACAGAAAGAUUUUCGAUACACUUGAAUCAAAAAUAUCUGGUUCGUUUGAUAAAAAUGUUGCAAUCAAAAUAAAUUCGUUGAAAUUCGAGAAAAUAAAGAGUUCCUAUGAUAUGUUAAAUACUCCUUUAAUGAGGCGGAAAUCUUAUCCAUUGACAUCCUCAAAAAUUUCGUCUGCAUCAAGAUAUCUCUCAUCGAUAUCGGUUAUUCCAUCACGUCAGAUGUUAAAAAGAUCUUAUUCUGGAAAUGAAAAACAGAUUUCGGAGCCGUUCAAAUAUUCUUCCAUGAACGAAAAAAGACAAAUCGGAUUUUCGUCGGACUUUUCAUCGAAUGAUAAAGAGAUGCAAGAAUCAGAAAGCUCGAAUUUGAGGGAAACGAAUCGUAUACGAUUGAAUCGUAUGAAGUUCUUACAAGGUAGUUUGCAGGCUGCUACCAGCGAAGAUGAUUCUCAAAUCGAGAAAGUGACUCCUUUUGAAAAUAAACUUAGCAUGAUGAAUGAGACGUCGCAAAGCACGGAUUUGGAAUCGGAUCGAUGUAAGGAUCAACUGCCGCCGAUGGGACGAACGUCAUCCCUGAGAGAAAAAUUUGAGACGAUCAUGGAGGACGUUGAAUUGAGGACGGCGUCGGGAAGGCGCUCGCAAAUAAGCAAAUCUUGCGACCCUAACCAGAAGAUAAUACAACAACCGCCUCCCAGGCCAGCUAGUACACCGACAGAAACUCAACAAUCUGUGUUGACGAGUGUGCAGCAGGAGAUUGCUGCUCGUAGAAAGGCCAAUAUCACGCGUCAGGACUCUAGGCUUUCUGUGAAAUGUCUAAUCGAGAGCAUUGAGAAUGCCACGAAACAAGCUAAAGCUGGACCUGGAAGCCGUAGCAGUUCUACAUCAUCUCUUAAUUCGAUUGGGACCACAGACAUUAUCUCUUUGAAGGCUCCCCUCAGGGAUCAACAACAAAUCAAUAAUUUAAUCUGCACGGCAAAUUCGACGAAUAACAAUAAGACGCAAUCUACAAUCGCAAAAAAACCAGUAUCAGAGACAAAGUCGACGCCUGUGGUUUUGAAUUCGGGCGAGCUGCUGGAUUCGGCUGCUUUGAACGCCAAGGCGAUCGAUUUUGUACGUCGAAACAGCGUCACUGAUUUGUCAGAGCGCAAAGAUCCCCUGUGCGGUUUGGUGAAAAACGGCGGGUCCAAACGGAAUGCCUUGCUCAAGUGGUGUCAAAAUAAGACGAUAGGUUAUCGAAAUAUCGAUAUAACUAAUUUCAGUAGUUCCUGGAAUGAUGGUUUAGCGUUAUGCGCGAUUCUGCACUCCUAUUUGCCGCGCAAGGUACCGUAUGACACAUUGACGCCGGUUGAAAAGCGACGAAACUUCUCAAUCGCCUUCUCUGCUGCUGAGAGUGUUGGCAUACCUACUACUUUGAACAUUGGAGAAAUGUGUCAACUCGAGCGACCUGAUUGGCAACAGGUCAUGACAUACGUGACCAGCAUUUACAAACAUUUCGAAACGUAACUGAUCAUUCUUCUAUUAUAUUGCCUAUCAGAUAUGUUCUAACUGCAACCCAUCGAAUGCUCUUAGAAUCACGAGAUGAGCAAGAACAGCAUCUAGUCAAACAAAUGUUAGAGGACAAAACAGAAAGGAAAAAAAUAUGAAACAGAAAGAUUUGUCCAGAGAUUUGUCAAGGAUCGCUGAAUUAGCACUGCCUAAUAAUUAUAUCCCCUUGUUGUACGCGCUGUAUAUAGUAUCGUAAAAUCAUAAAAUGUACGAGUCGCUGAAGUAUAUGCAGAGAAUUCGAUGGAAAACUAAACACCAAAUGGAAUUGCUAUUACUAUGAGACUGAAAACUUUAUAUAUACAUAUAUGGAUAUAUACGCAUACGCACGCGCUUUGUAAAGUACGUAAACGGCGAAUUCAAAAAGAAGAAAAGAGGAAUGAUAGUAGCCGUAAGCUUCGUGAAUAGUCUUCUGCAAGCUUUGCACAAUAUUCUUCAGGCAAACCCCAGCGCUGCGCAUUUACGAAGAGCAUACUACGCAUUGUCUCUGAAUCGUAGUUUUUUGCACCGUUUUUCUGCAAAAGUGGAUCAAACCUUAAAGAGUAUUUGCGUUCCUCGUACCGUGAGUAUUUUUAUAUGUGUAUUAUUUUUCGAAAAAGACUUUUUGUAGAAUUUACAAAAUACGAUUGUACAGAACACAAAGCGCCUUAAUUUAAGAGAUUUAAUUUAUUGUAAUUAGUCGCGCAUUUAGUGUGCUUUCACCGAGCGGAGAGAUUUCGCUCCUCUUCCUCCUACCCCACAUCCAUACUCCCAAGGCAGAAUUAUUUUGCAUUUCUACUUAGUAGACAGAUAUGGAAAAAGAAAAGGAACAAUUAUAUCGUAUGAAGAUUAAAUUCUCUGUGAUAUAGCGAGAUAACCCCAAGACAGAGAUACAAACGUUAUCGUUAUUGCUAUUACUAUUAUUACACUAUUAUCCUUAUUAAUAUCGUCGUCGUCAUCGUUGUUGUACUAUUGUAGACAAUACGGAUAUCACUGUCUGAUGUAGAACAAUAAACUUGCCUAAUGGAUAUUUAAGAUCAAAUAUCCUAAUUCAAAAAUAUAGUAUCGCGCAACUUCUUCGAUUAAGAAAUGGAUUCCUUCUUUUAAUAGCAAUAUCGAAUAAACACAUUUCGUUAUGAUAUACAAAUUUUAUAUGUACGUCCACUGAAAGUUUAUGCAAGAUUUGACUAAAAUAUGCAUGUUUUAUUAUUAUUACAAAAUGAAUAUUUAUAUGUACAAUUCUUUUAUAUAUCUGCGUCAUAUCUGCCUCACAUAUUGCAUUCAGUAAUACUCGUUAGUCAUGUCUAAUGAAUAAAAAAAUCUCGAAAAAGUUCAGAUUUUA